AUGUUGUCGCUCCGCCGCCUCGUCGCCGGUGCCGUGCUGCUCCUCGGAGUCAGCAUGGUCUUCUUCGCCUCGACCGCCGAGGCCGCCAAGGGCCCCAAGAUCACCCACAAGGUCUACUUCGACAUCACCCAGGGCGACGAGCCCAUCGGCCGCAUCGUCAUGGGUCUCUACGGCAAGACCGUCCCCAAGACCGUCGAGAACUUCCGCGCCCUGGCUACCGGCGAGAAGGGCUUCGGCUACGAGGGCUCCUCCUUCCACCGUGUCAUCAAGCAGUUCAUGAUCCAGGGUGGUGACUUCACUAAGGGCGAUGGCACCGGUGGCAAGUCGAUCUACGGCGAGAAGUUCCCCGACGAGAACUUCAAGCUGAAGCACUCCAAGAAGGGUCUUCUGUCCAUGGCCAACGCUGGCAAGGACACCAACGGCUCUCAGUUCUUCAUCACCACCGUCAUUACCUCCUGGCUCGAUGGCCGUCACGUUGUGUUCGGCGAGGUCCUCGAGGGCUACGACGUCGUUGAGAAGAUCGAGCAGGCCCCCAGCGCCCCCGGCGACAAGCCCGUCAAGAAGGUCACCAUCGCCAAGAGCGGCGAGCUAGAGGUCCCGGCCGAAGAUGCCAUCUACGGCGGUGCCCAAUUUGCUGCGGGAUACGCCAACGAGGAGGCCGCCAAUGCCCUGCAGGAUCUUGAAGUUUCGUCCGAGGGCUGGUCCCUCUUCCAGAAGGCCGCCCUGUUUGGCAUCAUCCUCGGUGCGAUUGCCGUCUACAUGCGCUUGACCAGGAAGACGGGUGAGAGGGACGAGAAAACCACACCAGAGCACACAAAGUACACAAUGAAGGUGCUGAGUCUGAACUUCCUGUCGUGCGCCGUCAAGGCGUGCAAGAGCUCUUCGGACUCAUACCCCCUGCACCCCAAGGACGCGGAGCUGGUGCAGGACGACAUCGAGGUCAACGCACAGCUGCUCAUCAACCUCCUGCCCCGCAUCGAUUGGACGGCGCUCACGACGACGGCGACAGAGCUGGGCUUCCCGGCCCUGCCGCCGCAGGCGCCCACGCCCGAGGAGCUCGAGGCCGACGAGGCCAAGCUCAAGGACCUGCACCACCUGCUGAUGGAGACGCAGAUCAUGGAGGGCAAGCUGGUGUGCGCCAGCUGCGGCCACGAGUACGCCGUGCGCGAGGGCAUCGCCAACUUCCUGCUGCCCAGCCACCUGGUCUGA